UCUAUUUAUAAUAAUUCUAUUUCUUAGACACCGGUUCGAUAACGGGUUUAUAACGGUUUGUUAGCGGUUAAACCAAUAAAGUGCGAGCCGCUUAUAAUACCGGUUCAUAUGGUGGUUCGGUUCUGACAACAUUGGUCAAAUGUACAAGAGGUCACACUCGGGGGCCUACUUGAAGUGUCUCACGGAAGUAGAGGGAGGAAAAGCGAUAGAGGAAGUGCACCAAGGCGCCUGCGGCAUGCACUCAGGAGCGAGGAGUCUCGAGAAGGUGUUGUUGCGUCAAGGAUAAUACUGGCCUUCCAUAAGAAAGGAUGCCAAGAAGCAUGUGGACAACUGCCACCAAUGUCAGAUUCAUGCGCACGACGUGCAUGUUCCACAAGCGCCUAUGCAAGGCAACGUGGGAGCGUGGCCAUUUUCACAGUGGGGGAUGGAUUUGCGGGGGCCCUUCCCUAAGGCGCCCGGUCAAAUGAAGUACCUAAUCGUGGCAGUGGACUACUUCUCCAAGUGGGUGGAAGCAGAACCCUUAGGAACCAUCACUCAUGCCCAAGUCAGGAAGUUCACGACCAAGAACAUCUUCACUCGUUUUGGGUUGCCGGAAUCAAUCGUCGCUGACCACGGCAAGCAGUUCGAUUGUCGUCAGUUCAUCGAAUUCUGCGACGAAAGUGGCGUUGUCCUGCGCUUUUCCUUCGUGGCUUACCCUCAGGCCAAUGGGCAGGCGGAGGCGGCUAACAAGAGCAUCCUGCAUGGACUCCAUAGGUUGCUAGAGGCGAAGGGGAGAUGGGCCUAGGAGCUUCCAGGUGUGCUGUGGGCGCAUAGGACGACACACAAGGUGGCAACGGGGGAGACCCCGUUUUCCUUGACCUAUUGAAGCGAGGUAGUCAUUCCGGUGGAGGUGCGCUUCCCCACAUAUCGGGUGGUAGGAUAUGAGGAGUCGACCAAUGGCGGAGAGACAUUGCCUCUGUGUGCCUCGAGGCCAUGAAACAAUAGGUGGCCAAGUACUAUAAUCGUAAGAUGCGUCCACACCAGAUACGCCUGGGCAGCCUGGUGUUGCGACGUGACUUCCAACCGAAGGCGUGUGAAGGAAAGCUCGCUUCCAAGUUGAAGGGGUCGUAUCGUGUACGGGAGGUGAUAGGCCCGACCACGUUCAAGUUGGAUCGGAUUGGGGGGAGAGCAAUCAAACGAACAUGGAACGCACAGAACCUCAAGGUGUACCACGGGAUGGAGGCAUGGGAGGUCUUGGAGUAACACGUCUGAAACGCAGGGAGGGGCGCCCACAUUUUGGCCAGUGAUCGAGGGUAGGUCGAUUAGGUGUAGGGGGAUUACUAUUACUGCAAGCGCGCCACCCCACACGACGCAAAAAUGUACCUGUAAAGCGCCCUACUUUUGCGCCCUAGGAUUAUUAAUACAUUUACUGGAAAGCGCCCUACCUUUGCGCCUUAACGUUAUAGCAACAUUCACGGUAAAACGCCCUACCUUUGCGCCCUAGGAUUAUUAAUACAUUUACUGCAAAGUG